GCCGUGCUGUCGCGAGGACGGGUCGUGUUGAUUUCGAGAGUCAUCAUGGCGCUCACUUCCCCAGUCGAAGAGCACCCAUAUAAACAUCUAAUCGACACUCUGAAAGAUGGCACGAUCAAGUUCUUCAGUCCACACAAGUUAAAUGAUCCACGAUAUGACAAGCUGCCUCUGUCCAUCCGUGUCUUACUUGAGGCAGCGAUUCGUAACUGUGAUGGCUUUUACACAAAAACAGAAGAUGUGGAGAACAUAUUGGACUGGCAGCAGCAACAGAAUAAAGCUGAGGUGCCAUUCUCUCCAGCAAGAGUCCUUCUCCAGGACUUCACUGGUAUUCCUGCCAUGGUGGACCUGGCAGCCAUGAGGGAUGCUGUUGCCAAACAUGGCAUGGAUCCUAGCCUGGUCAACCCAAAGUGCCCCACAGACCUCAUAGUAGAUCACUCAUUACAGAUCGAUUAUAGCAAAUGUGCCAUACAGAAUGCUCCAAACCCUGGUGGAGGGGACGGUCCAAACCAGGGUCAUGGUCCUUCUCGUUCUACCUCUUCAAGGCUCCCGUCCAGAGGAGGAUCACAGUGUGGAGGCCAACGGGGCACAUGUAGUAAACCUGCCUGCAACGACCUUCCAUCCGCCACAGGUCGAACUCCAGCUUCCGUCCAGCAGAUAGAGAACACACCUCUGCUUUGCCCUUUCCACCUGAAGCCUGUGUCUGAACCCGAAACUGCUCUGAAGAAUCAGGAAAUGGAACUGGUCAGAAACAAAGAGAGGCUUCAGUUCUUUAAGUGGUGCUCUAAAGCAUUCAAGAAUGUGAAUGUGGUUCCACCAGAUGUCGGAGCAGUCCACCAGGUGAACCUGGAGUAUCUGUCCAGAGUGGUUCAGCUCAGAGAUGGUUUCAUCUACCCUGACAGUGUGGUGGGAACUGACUCUCACACCACCAUGAUCAAUGGCCUGGGCAUCCUGGGCUGGGGUGUUGGGGGAAUUGAGUCAGAAGCUGUGAUGUUGGGCCAGCCAGUGUCUCUGACUCUCCCUCAGGUGGUUGGCUGUAAACUAGUGGGCUCCAUCAACCCCCUAACCACAUCCAUAGACAUUGUACUUGGCAUCACAAAGCACUUGCGGCAAGCUGGGAUCGCUGGAAAAUUUGUAGAGUUUUUUGGACCUGGGGUCUCUCAGCUUUCAGCCCCUGACCGAACCACCAUCGCCAACAUGUGCCCAGAGUACAACGCCACCAUCAGCUUUUUUCCCAUAGACCAAGUCACACUUAAGCACUUUAAAAAGACAAAUUUUACCCAGGAAAAUGUUGAAUUGCUGGAGAAAUACAUGAAGGCUGUAAAACUUUUCAGAAGCUUUGAAGACCCCUCAGAUGACCUCCAGUUUUCUGAGGUGAUUGAAAUCAACCUGAGUGCCAUGGUGCCCUAUGUGAGUGGGCCAAAAAGGCCUCAGGAUAGAGUGGCAGUCAGCAGCAUGAAAGAAGACUUUCAGAGUUGCCUCAAUGAGAAGGUGGGUUUUAAAGGCUUUCACAUCUCUAAGGAGAAGCAGGCGGCUCAGGUGCCUUUCCUGCACUCUGGUCAGGAGUAUCAACUGGGCCAUGGCUCAGUGGUCAUCGCUGCUGUCAUCAGCUGCACCAACAACUGCAACCCAUCUGUCAUGCUGACUGCAGGUCUACUGGCCAAAAAGGCAGUGGAGGCCGGGCUUGUAGUCAAACCUUAUAUCCGGACUAGCUUGGCUCCUGGAAGUGGCAUGGUCACUCACUACCUCAGUAUAAGUGGAGUCCUGCCUUACUUAAGUCAGCUGGGGUUUGAGGUGAUAGGUUAUGGUUGUGCCACUUGUGUAGGAAACACAGCACCGUUACCAGAUGCCGUCAUGGAUGCAAUCAAACAGGGGGACCUUGUAGCCUGUGGGGUGUUAUCUGGCAACAGGCACUUUGAAGGUCGCCUAUGUGACUGCGUGCGGGCCAACUACCUAGCCUCCCCUCCCCUGGUGGUGGCUUAUGCUAUUGCGGGCACUGUGGACGCUGACUUUGAGAAAGAGCCUUUAGGGGUAACAUCAGAGGGAAAGGAGGUGUAUCUUCGAGAUGUUUGGCCAUCCAGGGAGGAGGUCCAACAGACUGAGGAGGACAUGGUCAUCUCUGCCAUUUUUAAGGAUCUCCAGGGCAGGAUGGAGAAAGGAAACACAUUUUGGAACAAAAUUGAUUGUCCGGAGUCUGUACUUUUCCCGUGGGAUCACAAAUCCACAUAUAUCCGCUCACCGUGUUUUUUUAGCAAGUUGACUAAAGAGGUUCCUCCCCCUCAAUCGAUAGAGGGCGCUCAUGCCUUACUCUUCCUUGGGGACAAAGUGACCACCGACCACAUCUCACCAGCGGGCAGCAUCGCCAGGGCCAGCGCAGCUGCCAAGUACCUGCUCAGCAAACGUCUGACACCACGGGAGUUUAACUCCUACGGUGCACGCAGAGGGAAUGACGCAGUGAUGACCAGAGGCACGUUCGCCAGCAUCAAACUCCAAAAUCGAUUCAUUGGCAAAUCAGGCCCCAAGACUUUGCACAUUCCUUCAAAUCAGACACUGGAUGUUUUUGAGGCAUCAGAACGCUAUCAGAGGGACGGUAUUCCCCUCAUCAUCCUGGCAGGCAAAGAUUACGGCUCUGGAAACUCCAGGGACUGGGUCGCCAAAGGACCAUACCUGUUGGGGGUACGUGCAGUCAUCGCUGAGAGCUUUGAGAAGUUGCACAAGAACCAGCUGGUGGGAAUGGGCAUCAUGCCGCUUGAGUUCCUGCCUGGUGAGAACGCAGACUCGCUGGAGCUCAGUGGGAAGGAGAGGUUCAACAUCACCCUGCCAGAGAGCCUGAGUCUGAGGCAGCAGCUCACUGUCAAGACCAGUCAGGGGAAGUCGUUUGUGGUCACUGCACAGUUUGACACAGAGAUGGACGUUAUCCUUUUCCAGAAUGGAGGGCUUCUCCGAUAUGUUGCUCGGACUUUACUCUGAAACAGCCUUGCAGCCUGGCUGUGUGCCCGGUGUGCACCAGGCUCAUGAACUGCAUUUAUGCUCUCACCAGAUUGUCUUCAGCAUUGAUGGAUGGUGUGUCUGUUUGAACUGGACAUUUGUCUCCAAGCUGUUGGAGCCAUGAGAUGGCAGUUUUAGUUGCUUCUCCGUCACUACAAAAAAACAAACAAAAAAAAAACCCAGCCUGGUUUCUCAUCACAUGACCAUCACAACAAAGGCAGGAAGAACUGCUGACAUGCACUCAAUAAAGAGAUAGUACCCUAGAUGACCUGUGAACUUAAGUUAUUUCUUUUGUUGCUGGAGACUGAAACCUUAAAGUAAUGAAGGAGACAUUUGUGUCAACAUCACAGCCAAGAGGACAUGAAUCGUAUCGAUGCUGUUCUUUAAAAAAAAACAAAAAAAAAACCUGCCUAGAAAAAGGCUAAGAUGGUGCUAGAUACUACAGUAAGACAUGAGUAUCUGUUCAGGAUGCAGUACAGCCUGUUUUACCCCACAAAACAUUAAGAUUUAGAUUUGAUCUCACUUUUUUUUUUCAAUCAAACGUUUGGCAAAACCAGUGUUUGUCUCUUAUCACUUAACGUUUUAUAAUGUGACAAAAUAUAUAUAUUAUAUCAUCAAACUCCCUGAAUUAACAUGACUUCUAAUAUAACUGACAGCCUUCUGCAUCAUUAAAGUAAAGUAAAAAAUAAUGAAAGCCUUUCUGCAUAAAACAUGCAUUAUUUAUUCAAAGCCUAUAAUUCACUCAUAGUAUCCUCAAAGUGUAACACUUUUUAAAGUUUUGUACAUUUUUGUUUGCUGGUGAGGAGCACAUAUUGUGAUGAGAAUGAUGAUAUGUGAUGAUGAUAAUUCCUUUUUUUUUUUUUAGGUAAGAUUGAAAACAGCAGAUGUUGAGAUCUCACCGCUUUAUGGCCUUUUUAUGGUUUUAACUUGAAGUAGCUCUACUGACGGUGAGUCUUUAGCCUGAGCCCCACAACCUACAGCACUGUUCAACAUCAUAGAUAUUUAUUUAAACAAUGUCAUGCCUUUAAGUUUAUUUACAGGCCUUGGGGAAUAUGUAAUAACAUAUAUAUUUUGUCUCUGACAAAAGCCUUUGUUGACGUCACUUAUUUCCGCAUUGUUGCCUGUGAAAACCACAACAUUAAAAAGAAAUAAUGUGACAUGAGAGACAUUAGCUGUGUUGCACUGUGGAUAAUAUUAUAUAUGAUCACUAGGUUUUGACAAGGAAAAGCAACAUGAAAUACAAAACGUGAUAAUUGGUUCUGCUGUUUCUGAACAUUCAGACUUCUGCUAUACACUCAUUCACUGGGUGGCUGCUUUUUCUAAAAAACAAGUCUGAACACAUUUUUACAUGAUUUGCUAUUUUUCAAAAGUUCAAACGGAUAUAUGAAUUAGGGAAUGGGAAUCGGUAUUGGUAUCUGUCCAAUACCGGAUCACACAGAAGGCACUAACAUCGUACGCAUCAGCCACUCUCACAUAAGCAGCAGGUUGUGUUAAGUCAAUGCCUCCUGUAGCUGUAAACAUUCAGAUAUGAGAGUGACAUCAGCCUUCUCAUCAGAAUCGCAGACUGUUCCUUUAACAAACCUGGUCCUGUUCUGUACCAUGAAGGUUAAAGCUGUGUGUUAUUAAGCACCUCGUCUUUCUGGUGCCACUGUAGGUCAAAAAGAGGUCACUUCACUCUCCAAAGGUCCACUCUUGAUCAACCCGUCCCUGUGAUGGAUAAUCAAUGCUUCAUCAUUUGCAAGAUGAAACACAAGUGACUCAAAACUGAAAGCAAUGCUUUAGGUCCAGGCCUUUGUUGGUUAAAGCAACACUAAGGAAGUUCAGCUGGACAGUUAAAAGCAGAUGUUUGACGUCUUCUGUCUCUUUAACUGACCUUUCUCACAGCGGUCAUUUUGACAUGUUCUAGCAGGAAAAGCUCUCGCACUGACGACGGCUCUGUCGGGACAGUUAGCCAAGAAGAGCAAGCUAAGUGGAACUUAGCUCAGAUGUGAUGAUUUAUGUCUAUUUUUUUAUUUUUUACUGUGACCUGUCAGAAUGUCUUCACUGCCAAUGGCACACUGACCAAUAUCAUUCACAGUGUUUUUACCCACUCACCAAACUGACAGUGUAGGGAUUCAGCGUGGGAAUGAAAAUAAGCUUCAUUUACUUUAUUACAAGUCAGUGAGCCAUCCAAAUUAUUAUGAAAUGAUUAACCUUAUUUAGGGUUAAAAUGCUUUGAUAAUCCAUGAAAUACUUUUUCAGAUACUUUACCUUUGUGUCAGUAUGAUUUAAUGUUUGUGCAUGAAACCACCUUGAAUGGAUUUUCAUUUCCGCAGUCAUCCCUCCAGCACUUACUGCAUCUACUAUGGGAAAUUGAUAAUUAAUGCAUUUAUGUGGGUUUUUUUUGUAGAAGAGCAUGACAGCACCUUUAGUGGUUUUCAUUAAUACACUUUCUGUCACACGUUGAACCAUUUAUUGCCUGAAACUUGUAAAACCAUGUUGUUGUUUUUUGUCAUUUAAAAGUCAACAGACUGUUACUCACGGUGCUUUGCUUUGCCCAGACUGCCAUGAAGAGAUAAAGCUCCAACUGUCA